AUGAAGCCCGUUACAAGUUUCUUCCUGUUUUCUGUAACUCUCAGCCUCACCUUCUUUUUCCACCCAUUUGUUGCCCAAGAAAGCACGAACCUAAUCCAACAAGUUUGUUCAGAAACCCAUAACAUGGGUAAUUGUGUCGCAAGCCUUGAAUCUAACCCUGACAGCAAACAAGCCACUUUACAACAACUUGGCGUAAUUGCAUUAAACCUUGCAUCAUCAAAUGCUGCAAACACAUCCUCGUACAUCAAGACAACAUUGCUUACUAGCAAAACUUUGGACCCUGUCAUCGAGCAAGCCCUACAAGAUUGUUCAGACCAAUACUUGGAUGCCAUCCAGCAACUUGAUGAUUCAUUGCCUGCUUUGUUAGCCAAUGCUACAGAUGAUGUGCGUGCUUCGGUGAAAGCAGCAAUUACUGAUAUUGAAUCAUGCGACAAUGGGUUCAAGACAAAUAUUCCUGGCCAAGAAAUGUUGCUGUCUUCGAGAAAUGCUGUCUUUCGCCAAUUGUGCAACACGGUCUUGGUCAUCAACAAACUCUCGAGCCAAACAAAUGCUGGGAGUAAUUAA